UGGCAGAACCGGAAGUACGGUCAAGAGGGAAGGUGAUGAGGCGAAAUGGUGGCAACCAAGAGGAAGCGGAGUGGGGUCUUGGCAGUUUCGGCGAAGAAGCCAAAAAGAAACAAAAAAGAUGUCGAGCCUCCAGCUAAGUCAUCGGCUGUGCCAAAGGAGAUGGAAGAAGCAGAGAAGGACCGUAUCCCAGGUCCCGUUUGCAAGGGCAAGUGGAAAAAUAAGGAACGGAUUCUCAUCUUUUCUUCCAGAGGAAUAAAUUUCAGAACAAGACAUUUAAUGCAGGACUUGAGAACGUUGAUGCCUCAUUCUAAAGCAGAUACUAAAAUGGAUCGUAAAGAUAAAUUAUUUGUGAUUAAUGAGGUCUGUGAAAUGAAAAACUGCAAUAAAUGCAUCUAUUUUGAAGCUAAGAAAAAACAAGAUCUUUAUAUGUGGCUUUCGAAUUCACCUCAUGGGCCCUCUGCCAAAUUCCUUGUUCAAAAUAUUCAUACCCUAGCAGAACUGAAGAUGACUGGAAACUGUUUGAAAGGUUCUCGGCCAAUUUUGUCUUUUGACCCUGCUUUUGAUGAAUUGCCACAUUAUGCUUUGUUAAAAGAACUCUUAAUUCAGAUUUUUAGUACGCCACGAUAUCAUCCCAAAAGCCAGCCAUUUGUGGACCAUGUAUUUACUUUCACCAUUUUGGAUAAUAGGAUAUGGUUUCGGAACUUUCAGAUCAUAGAUGAAGAUGCUCAACUUGUAGAAAUAGGACCUCGUUUUGUCUUAAAUCUGAUAAAGAUUUUUCAGGGAAGUUUUGGAGGACCAACCUUGUAUGAAAAUCCUCACUACCAGUCACCAAACAUGCAUCGGCGUAUCAUAAGAUCUAUCACAGCUGCGAAAUACAGAGAGAAACAGCAAGUAAAAGAUGUGCAGAAACUGAGAAAGAAAGAGCCAAAGACUGUUCUUCCACAUGAUCCUACUGAUGAUGUUUUUGUUACACCAGCUGAGGAAAAACCAAUAGAAAUACAGUGGGUAAAACCAGAGCCAAAAGUCGAUUUGAAAGCAAGGAAAAAAAGGAUUUACAAAAGGCAAAGAAAAUUGAAACACAAGAUGAACAGUGGAAAUGCAAAAUGAAUCAGUGGAUAACUAAGUUUUUCCAAUAUUGUAUAUUUAUUUUGCAUUCAGUGUGUAAAUACAUCUAUUAUCCUGGA